AUGUCGAUCUCUACAGCAACCACGUCGUUUAUUAACAACAAGACCAACAACGCCCCUGUAGGUUUGGAGACUCCUCUACUACAACAAUCGUGCAACAACCCCGACUGCAAGUGCCGUAAGGACCCGAAGAGCACUGCUGCCAGUAGAAAACGCUGCAUCAGUUGCACGUGUGGUGACAUGCAAGCGGGUGCGGUGAUAGUGAAGGUUGGAGGGAUGACCUGUAGCUCGUGUGUGAGCACAGUCGAGAACGCUGUGAAAGCGCUGCCAUUUGUGGACUCUUGCAGCGUGAACUUGGUCACCACUAAAGCGGAAGUGAAGAUUCGGGCGGCUGCAGUUGAUCUGAAACCAGGCUCGGAGCCAGUUGAGGAAAUAGUGGACACCAUAGAAGGUGUAGGUUUUGAUGCUGAAGUUAUUGGUAUUACUAAGUUCGAAGCUAAGGAGUCCACUGAGACUGCUGUUAUAAGGAUAUCGGGCAUGUCCUGUGCCUCGUGUGUGGCUAGUAUUGAGCGCCUAGUUGGGAACAUGGACGGUGUAAAGACCAUUGCGGUUGACCUCAUCAAAGGUAUGGCAUCGGUUACGUUGGUCACUGGUAAGACUUCUGCAGAAAAAGUCGCGGAAGCAAUAGAGAGUAUCGGAUACGAUGCACAAGUAGAGCACGUUGUGAAAUCGAUUCCUUCAGCGAGGAGGUCCUCGUUGAGUGGGCAAGUCCCUACUGAGCCGACCGUGUUGAGAGUGUGCCCGAGUUCCUCUACCGGUUUGGUUAACUUUGAGGAUGCUCGCAACAUACUGAAUAGCACUGAUGGCGUUGUGGGUCUGUUCGAGUCUAGCAGUGGUCAUGCAGGAGUAGUGCAAGUGUCCUAUGUACCCUCUAGAGAUUUCGGCGCUCGAGAUAUCCUGGCCGAGCUGGGACCUCAGUGGCAACUGGCUCCUCGAGAUCCCUCCGCAGGCUACCAUAUGGACCCUGUGUUGAAGCAUCGUAUACUGCUAGCCAUCCCUCUGGCAAUCGUGGUGGAGGUACUGUCAAUGACUAUGUUGGGCUCACUGCUGGGUUGUUGGCUACCAGUAGUACUCUUAGUGUUGUCAUUCCCAGUACAGUACUACUGCGGUUGGGGCUAUCACAAGCAUGCGUUCAGAGGGUUGGCUCACUGCAGUUUGUCUAUGGACUUCUUGGUCUCUUUUGCCACCAACAUGGCGUUUAUAUAUUCUGCAGUUUGGGUAUUUCUGAAUCUGCCAGACCUUGUUAGUGGUCGUAUGAGCUCAGAUGAUGUGAAUAUGAACGACUGUAUGUUUUUCGAGACAACUACUAUUCUUAUCACGGUGCUAUUGCUCGGUAAGGCCCUGGAGUCUCGGGCAAAGGCAAGUACUGCCAGCGCUCUCGCCGAGUUAUCGUCCCAGCGCCCGACUGACGCUACCAUAGUUCUGCCAGAUGGGUCCUUGCAGACUAUAGAUGUCGAUUUGCUGCACAUAGGAGAUCGGGUGAAGGUCCUUCCAGGUGGCCAUGUACCAGCGGAUGGCGUUGUUGUGGUGGCGGGCAGUAACACGUCGUGUGAUGAGAGUCUUCUGACAGGCGAGAGUCGCCCAGUUAAGAAGACUGAAGGAGACGAGGUUGUGGGCGGCUCGAUUUGUGUAGCGGGUGGUAUGGAAUUCACGGCAACUCGAGUAGGCUCACAGACGGCGUUAGCGAGGAUCCUUCAGCUCGUUGAGAGUGCUCAAGCAUCUAAGCCAGCAGUGCAAAGGGCGACUGAUAAGGUUGCCGCGGUGUUCGUGCCGGCCAUUCUUGGCUUCUGCGCGAUUGUAGUGUGCGUGUGGGCGGUGGUAGCGGCUGUUAGCCCUCCAGAGAGAGCGGCUGAUAUGACGGACUCUCAGAAGGCCCUGAUGGUCUUCCGAUUUGCAUUGUCUAUUCUUAUGGUCGCAUGUCCAUGUGCAUUGGGGCUGGCGACUCCUACAGCGGUGGUUGUUGCAACUGGAGCCGCGGCAACUCGACUGGGAUGCUUAGUGAAGGACGCGCAGGUGUUCGAACUGGCGGGCAACCGUAAGAAGCGAAUGGCUGUGGUAUUGGAUAAGACGGGAACACUGACUGAAGGCAAACCUGGUGUCACUGAAACGGUCGGCUUCGGUGACUUCAAAGCAAAGAUGAUGCUAGCAGCGGCCGAGGCGAAUUCUGAGCAUCCCAUCGCGACUGCAGUGAGCGCUUGGGCAGCCCCCAAUGGUGUUGACUCUUCAUUGACGGUUACCGGAUUCGAAAAUAUACCAGGGGUUGGCGUGAAGUGUGAUGUUGACGGGCAUCAUGUUCGAGCUGGUGGUGACAUAUCGUGGGUAGUGGGUAGCGAGGAGGUGAUGAAGCAAGAGAGGGAGGACUAUGUGAAGUGGAUGCAACGUGAAAGGGAUGACGGCUGUGUUGUUGUGGUUGUUGCUGUUGAUGGCCGUAUACAAGGGUGUAUUGCGCUCAAGGACAGGCUUAGACCAGAGAGUGCAGAUCUUAUACACCAGCUUAGAUACUCCCUCGACCUGGCUGUAUGGAUGUGUUCGGGAGACCACGAGGCUACCGCCAAGAGAGUUGCCGCUGAUCUUGGCAUAGAUAACGUUAUUGGCCAAGCCAAGCCUUCUGAUAAGAUGGCACUCAUCAGGCGACUCAAACUCAAUGGUAAUGCCGUUCUUAUGGUCGGUGAUGGCGUCAAUGAUGGCCCUGCACUGGCAGCAGCAGAUGUUGGAGUAGCUGUUGGCUCGGGUGUUGACGUGUCCACUGAAGCCGCCCAUGUGGUUAUCCACAGCCUCAGAGGCUUAGCGCCGUUCAUCGAACUCUCGAGGCAAACACUAAAGACUAUUUGGCGUAAUCUCUUCUGGGCUUUCAUAUUCAACAUUAUUAUGCUGCCGUUGGCUGCCGGUAUUCUGUAUCCCUCCACUGGCAUUACUCUCCCUCCCGAAGUGGCAGGAGCAGCCAUGGCAUGCAGCUCUCUUGUGGUCGUCACCAACUCUCUCAGCAUUCAAUAUUGGACUAAGUCGAGGUAUGGCCACGAUGAGCAACUUACGAAGGCGAUCCGGGAAGCGACAAGUGGCCAGGCUGGGAAGGAGUGAUUUGUGAUCAGUGAAUUUGCACGCUAUGCCCUAUUGCAUUUUUCUAUUAUUGACAUUCUUAAUGUACCUUCAUUCUUGGGGCAUAUUCACUAAUGGUGAUCUCGGCUAAACCGCAUACAUUUCAUUAGGCUGUGAAGCAAAAGGCGAUCUGCAGUUUCCAC